AUGAGAGACGCAGAGGCAAUCGCGACGGCUUACGCGCAGGAGGCUUCUUGGUUAGAGAUCGGACAGACCCCAGUCUCAGCCAACAGGAGCGACUUCGACGUCAUAACAGCCAUGGAUAACCGAGGUCAACAUACGCACCUCACACAGAGCGGCGAGAUUUCGCAAAUCCCAGUCGAACAUCUAUAUCUCACUUUUGAUACUCCUCUACCUGUGCCCGUGGGUCUUUCUUCCCCGCGUCCCGGCCGCCCAGCUCCACCGCCAUAUCCAGAUCUAUCAAAGUAUGCUUCGCCGUUUCUCUGGAGUAAGCCACGCAAGUCCGUGAUCACCUGGAUAUCAUGCGGUGUGACCGCAAUGAGUGCGUACGCCGCUGGUGAAUACACGCCCCCAGCCGAUGAGCUCACUGCAAAGUGGAAUGUGGAUAGGGUCGUCUACAACCUAGGGAUUACGCUCUUUUGCCUUGGAUUUGGGAUCGCGCCAAUGGUCCUUGCCCCAUUUUCAGAAAUCAAUGGCAGACGGCCGAUCUUUGUAUCUAGUGGCCUUGUAUUCACUGUCUGCCUUAUUGGUUGUGGAGCGACAGACUCAUUUGCGGGUUUACUUGUCGCGAGGUUUUUUCUGGGGAUUGGUGGAUCCACCUUUUCGACAAUGGUCGGAGGAGUUAUAAGCGACAUCUAUCACGCAGGGGACCGCAAUACCCCCAUGUCGUACUUCUCCGGCUCUGUUCUCUUUGGAACAGGCCUAGGUCCACUUAUUUCCGGCUUUAUCCAGCGCCGGGCGAACUGGCGAUGGAUCUAUUAUUCUCAAGCAAUUGCCGCGGCAGUUUUUCUCGUCAUACUCUUCUUCUUCCUUAGCGAAACACGCGGUAGUGUACUUUUGAGCCGCAAAGCCAAAACAUUGAAUAAGUACUACGAUUUGCUCGAGGAAGCGGGCUACUACGGCGUGGUCUUUGAUGCCAAUGAGACAACGGAAAAGGCGCAAGUUCAGCGGAUCAGAUGGAAGGUUAAGAGUGACGAAGAGCGUGACUCUCUGGCUAAGAUGGUUUCAAUUUCUUGCUACAGACCAUUUCCGGUUUCUAUUGCUGCAAUUGUAGGCACAGUGCUGAGUGUAAACCAAGAAAGAUUAGCUGCGCGAUUCGGCAAGAUAUCAAAUAGCCCAGAAGGACGGUUAUACUUCGCCUGCGUCGAAUCAAUAUUGAUGCCAGUUGGCUUAUUCUGGUUUGGAUGGACGUCAUACUCCUCGAUCCCUUGGAUCGUUCCAACCGUUGCCAUCGGUUGCUCAACCAUUGGCAUUCUGUCCAUAUACCUGGCUACGUUCAACUACCUUGCCGAUACGUACCACCGAUACGCCAGCUCUGCUAUUGCCGCUCAAUCUUUUUGCCGUAACGUCCUUGGCGGUAUUUUUCCAUUGGUCACAAAUGCCAUGUUCACCAACUUAGGAUAUCCAGCCGCCUGCAGCCUUUUGGGAGGGAUUGGUAUCCUAUUGACGAUCGUACCGUGGGUAUUGGUCUUCUACGGCCCCAAGAUCCGCGCACGAAGCAAGUUUGCAAGUGAAAUUAUGCAUCACGACUGA